CGUAAGUAUCGCUCUUCGCUCGGAUAUGUCCAUUAUCGUUCGCAAGAUGGCUUUGUUGCUCAUUCUCGCCAUUUGUUUCGCCGUCCACUUCGCGGGUAAGUCGCACCUUCGCAGCCACGAUGCAGCCAUCAGUUUGGGCAGAUCCACCCAUCGAUAUGACCUCUGUGUGAGGUGUGGUUGUCAGUUGUCACGAGCGGCGCAUCCUCGUCGGAGUUGGCCCUCGUGCAAUCCCAGGUGGCGGCCGCCAAGAAGACUAUGGUGGCAGCCAGCAAGCUGAACCAGGUGGCCAACCAGCUGAACCAGGAGGCCCAGGAGCUCCACGUGGCGGCCAGCGAGGCCAUUGAGACGCCUACACCGCCAUGCUGCAGAUCACUGACGGUAACUGUUCCGCCCGUCAGGGAGGUGCCAUGCACGACGCACGCCACCUCGCUUGCCAUUCAUUGCCUCCCCAUCUCCUUUCCCUUACUGGCUGUCUGACCGAAUGCGUGUGCAUGGCUGG